AUGGCGUCCCUGAAGGAAAUUCUAACGCGUCGGCCAGUGGCGGCGACAGUCCGUCUCACCAUCCCAGCCGGCGGAGCAAGACCUGGACCACCGGUAGGUCCGGCUGUAGGUCAGUACAAAGUUAACCUAAUGGCGUUCUGCAAGGACUUCAACGCUCGCACACAGAAAUACAAAUCGGAAGCUCCAAUCGCUGCUACUGUGACUGUUUUCAAAGACAAUACUUUUGAAUUGAGCGUUCGUUCUCCUUCAGUCACCUGGUUUCUAAAAAAAGCCGCCGGAAUUGACUCCGGGAGUGGACGUGCAGGUCAUGUUGUUGCAUCAACCCUAACCCUAAAACACAUCUAUGAAAUCGCAAAGGUGAAGCAAGCAGAUCCGUAUUGUCAGUACAUGUCCUUGGAGGCGAUUUCAAAAUCAAUUAUAGGUACAGCUAAAUCUAUGGGGAUUAAGGUUGAAAAGGAGUUGGAUUGA